AGUGGUGUACACGCGUCGUCGGGUCCAUCUCCUGCGAUGCUUCAAAUUGACAGCGGAAAAACGACGGAGGUCAACCAAAAACGGCCGGGGUUUCCGUGGCGCAUGUCUUGGUUGAUUCACCUUCUUUGAUCAGCGGUCCAUGUUUACUCCUGGGCGGUGCGCGUGACGCGGGAUACAGCUGCAGCUGCAACCGAUUCAACACAGUGUGUCGUCAUGAUCUAUCUAUCUAUCUAUCCAUCCAUCCAUCUAUCUCUAGGAUCUUUGGAAAAUUUUCUGUUUUGUGUACUGGAGUAUGUAUAUGUAUGUAUAUAGUCUUAUGAGUAAUGACAUGGAUUAAUGGGGGUUGGUCUUUGAGCGUCGCCGUCGGCCUUUUUAUACUCUUAUUAUCUCCUCGCCUUGGCCUCGCUAGCUUCACAUCCUUACCUGUAGUUUUCCCUCACUCCCUUGACCCCCGCCCGUCCCUAACUAAAGCCCACUAGUGGUAGUAAUCUUUGUCAAGCCGAGUGACACCCCGAGCGCCGAGCGCCGAGCGGAGCAUGGAGGCCAUGGACGUCAAGUACAGGCCGGCCCUCUACCCCAACGGCUCCGUCAAGAAGGUGCGGCAGGCGGCCGUGCCGUCGCCGCCGCCGCCGGUGCUGGAGGCGGUGCCCGCGUACAAGGAGUGCCUCAAGAACCACGCGGCGGCCAUCGGCGCGCACGCCGUGGACGGCUGCGGCGAGUGGAUGCCGGUCGUGGAGCUCAACACCGCCGACCCAGCCUCGUACAAGUGCGCGGCCUGCGGCUGCCACCGCAACUUCCACCGCCUCGUCAUGGUGGAGGGCUCGCCGCCCCCGCCCCCGCCCCAGCCCCAGCCGGCCCUGCUGCCGGCGCCGCCCAUGCCCAUGCCCAUGCCCAUGCCGGCGACCGUGCUCCAUGGCCUGCCGCAGCGCGCUCCUGAGACGCCUGAUGACCGGCUCCCGGGCGUCGACGGCGACGACUCUGACUCCGACUCGGAUGGCUCCGAGUACGACGACGAGCGCUCCGUCUCCCCGCCGCAGCAUCCUCCAUCCGCGCACCAUCUGGCGCCGGUGGCGCAGCAGCCACCGCCGUACAUGUCUUCUGCGCCACACCCACACAUGCUGCUCUCCCUGAACUCCAGCGCGCCGGGGGCGCCGGCACAGGGCCACAGUAGGCUCCCCGCCCAGCUCUCGCCGGCGACGGCGCCGCCGCCGCACGCGAUGAUGCCGGCCAGGAAGCGGUUCCGCACCAAGUUCACGGCGGAGCAGAAGCAGCGGAUGCAGGAGCUGUCGGAGCGCCUGGGGUGGCGCCUGCAGAAGCGCGACGAGGGCGUGGUCGACGAGUGGUGCCGCGACAUCGGCGUCAGCAAGGGCGUCUUCAAGGUAUGGAUGCACAACAACAAGCACAACUACCUCGGCGGCCACAGCGCCCGCCGCAGCGCCUCGGCAGCGGCCUCCUCCGCGGCGACCACCCCCACGGCCCCAGCCGCCGGCGGACCAUUCCGUCUCUCCCCGGCCACCGGCGCACCACCAGCAGCGCCAUUCAACCCCUCCGCCAGCCACAGCUCCCCCGCCCCCACCGCCACCGGCUUCAACAUGAACGGUACCGCCUCCUCCGCCUCAACCGCCACCGCCACCCCAGCCCCCAUCUUCGCCGCCGGCCGCACGGUGAACGGAGCCUCAUCGCCGCAGUCGGCGUGAACAAGGGAGAGCAGAGGCAGCGAAGAGAAAGACAAAGACAUUUAGCUUUCAUUUCGGUUAUCAUUGCAUUACUUUUCUUUCUUUAGAGUUUGGAUCGUUGGUUCUACUAAGAAAUUAACCCCAAGAAAGGGCGCCGCCUGAUGCAUGUCUAGAAAUCUAAGCUUUAUCUCAUCUUGGGAUCCGAUGGAAGCUUGCGAUUUAGGAUUAAUUAGAUUAUCUGAUCUCAAAAGUGGCACCUUUCUUGGUCUGUUCUUGUCCCUGUAACUGUAAGCUCAGCUUCCGUCCGUCCGUCCGUCCGUCAGUCCGUAACACAAGAAUUUUAUUUCCUUGCUAGGCUUUGUACUACCAGUAGCAGCUGUAGUAUCAUCUCAUGCUCCCUUGUUCUAAUGAAUUCGUGAUGGAAUGUGUA